AUGUUGGCACCAGAUGAGAUUAUCGGGCUACUAGACUACUGGAAGUAUCUUCUGGUGAUCGGUACCCAGCCCAAAGAGGCCGACUUGGUCUCAACCUACAACAUCAACAAGGAAUUGUACCAGCAGCUCGUGAAGUAUGAGCCUCGGACGCGUGUCAACGAGACCGGGGCCAUGAUCAAAGCGGCGAUGUUUGAUUACUUCAUCAGCAAGUUCCAGACUCAUCCCACCGUUCCCUUCGACCACAUUGCGCCGGUGAUUGACCGAUUCGCUAAGCUUUUCCCCGACGUGGAAUCGUUCUUCCCCACCGCGGAGGAAGUGGUCUCCCGACUCAAUUCAAUGCACCGCCGCCCUGCGUCGGGGCUUCAACGUGAGCGUGAUUACAUUGUUCUGCAGUUCCGAGGGUCUUAUGAACCGCAAGAUGUCUUCUGGUUCCAGGAGUUCACUGUCGUCCAUAACCCUCGCACCUUCACGUUUCUGGUGGUGGGGAACAUGGCGGCCCUGGAGAUAUUGCCACCAUUGGUGGUAUCUAACUGUUCGGUGAGACUGGCGCUGUACCAUCCCAAGGGUCUUAAUAAUCUGUACACAUUGUCUACUUACUUGAAGAACUUGGACAAAGUGUUUGAGGCGCGUCGUCGUCGAGUGAUGUUCAUCUGCCAGAAUAAUGUCAUGGUUGAUGUCAAACUCAAAAACAUUGAAAUCGUUAGAAUCCUGACACUUUUUGAUAAGUAUAUGAGUAUAAAAUCGAAGGCGUUGCAGUUACCGGGUGACUUUGGUUUGGUCUCCCAUUUCAAGCAAUUGCUCGCUGCUCAACUUGCAAAGCUUCUGACGUUUCCUGACGAUGUUAUUCUUGACCAACUUCUCAUUACAUACAAUCAAGAGGUUCAAAAACUCAAGCAAGCUGAAGGGCUUUACUUUUACCAGCUCAACAUCAUGAAACUGGCAUGGCUCGGGGGCGAUCCCGAGAAGGUGGUGCUGCACAACCCGCUCGUUAUUUCCGAUGGUAAGGGCUUCUUUAUGAGAUCGACGCCCGUCACUGAUAACACGAAGUUAAUCGCCGACUACCAUUAUCUGAUAAAGGAUUUGUAUUACAUCAUUGCCUGCUAUCAGAAAUACACCAUCCCUGGCUUUAAGCUGCACCUGCUGCUUCUGGAAAUUUUAUCAUACCUUCUGUGUCAUGUAAAUCCAUACUUUGCUGAGAACCUUCCAGAGAUGCUGAAUCCGCUCAACCAGUUCUUGAAUACCCUCCUUACUCACGUACGUCCGGGCUAUGAGAUGUCAAUUGCUGACGAGAAGUUUGCCGUUAUUAACCCGGCUCACAUCACGCCAAUGAACGAACUUGUUGCCCAAGAAAAGGAAACGCUCCCAUCGACACCGACUGUCGACCUGCAUUCGAAUUUGUACAAUACUGCUUACGAUGAGAAGAUCGAAUCGUCUAAUUAUAUCCAAUUGCGUUUGCCUCCUGACAUCAAUGUUGUCGCGAAAAAGCGGCCUGGCGAUGAACCGCCGGCAGAGCCCGCAGUCAAAAAGAUCCGUGUUGUUCAAAGUGCAUUGAACUCACACUUGCCGUUUAUUUCUCGUGAGGGGUUCUCCGACGACGAAGAUGACGACGCUAAUGAAGAAGACUCUUUCGCUAACAUUGCGUUGACCCAAAUCAAAAAGCGCGAGGUGUCACGGUCCAGUAACAACGAACUGUCGGGUAUUGCUCAAUCCACACCCCAAGUGAACAAGGCUAAUCAAGGUGAUAACGGUACUCUGAAUUCGCCAUCAUUAGCAAGACGUCGUACAUCGGCUAACAAAAAUCCGUUUACUGAUGGCAAUGUCGAUCCUGCCCUACAAUCCGUCACUUCGAAGAAGGCGCCUGUCGAUCAAGUUGUCCCUGACGAAUCACCGGCAACACCGCCGCGGAAGCAACUUCCUUCGACGGCCUCGCACGCUCUGCAGGAACACUCGCUUCCUAAUAUCCUGCCAGACAUGUCGCCGUCGCCGUCGCCGUCUCCGGUGCAGGAUGAUAAACUACCGGAUCUUCUGCCUGAUGUCAUGUCGCUGGAUAUCGAGGAGAUUGAGGUUUCAAGCGACGAUGGGGAGAUCGCCAAAGUGCGUGCAGAAAAAGACGUCUCUCACGACAGUGACCUGGAUGAAGAAAAUCGCACCACCAUUCGCCACCCGCAACCGCUGCAGGUGAAACAAACGCCGGUUGAUUCGGCUGCUAAACCUCCAACGAUACCCCCGAUCGAGGGAUUAGUGGAACCUGAUAGUCCCCUGGAAGAAGAAGAGAUCGAAGAGAAUGAAGACGAUGACGAAGACGACGAUGAAGACGAUGACGAGGACGACGAUGAAGACGAUGACGAAGACGACGACGAAGACGACGACGAAGAUGACGAUGAAGAUGAAGACGAAGACGACGAUGUAGAUGAGGACGAGGAAAUGGAAGAUGACAUUGUCGACGACAUCCCUACGCCGGCACCAGUUGUCAAGUCCUCGCAGGCCGCGAAUUCCCAGCUGAACCCUCUGAAAACCCAACAACUUUCGAAGUCACCUGCUCUAAAACAAGCGGCCAGCACUCAGUCGAAAGAGUCGGUCACUCCCAAGUCUACAUCAAUGUCUCAAGCUCCUAAGUCUCAAGUGGCAAAGCCUUCACAGCUGAAAGUUUCUUCGCCCCCGAAGCCUACAGGGAAGGAACCGGCUUCACAAUUAUCAAAGAGCACCAGUUCAUCGAAAAAACCCCACGAAGACGGCGCUUCGGAACAGCCUGCGAAAAGAGCUAAGACGCUGCCGCCAGCUUCUACCACCAGAUCGUCGUCGCCCCCGGCUGAAGCUACCCCAGCUGUUGUCAAGGCGACUCCGACCGCUAAGACCACCCCGGCGACUGCUAAGGUGCCCGCGAGCAUCAAUACACCUACGGUGGCUAAUGACUCGCCGGCCCCGAGCACUCCUACGGCAACCAAGAAUAUACCCGCUGCUGUGAAGACCCCUUCGACUAUCAAGGACAUCCCUGCUGCCAUAAAGGCCACCCCCACCAACACCAAGGCUAUUCCCGGGUCUGCGAAAGCUACUCCCGCAGUUGUUACGGCAACCCCCACAUCUGUGAAGACCACUCCCGCAUCUGUGAAGGCCACUCCUGCUGUUGCUGUGACCAAACCCUCGCCUAGCACGGCGAAUGCUUCUGCCGUAAAGAAUAUUCCUUCUGUGAUCAAGUCUACUCCCGUUUCAGCGAAGGCUAAUGCUACCCCGGUUAAAGCCACUCCAGUUGCAGCUAAAGCUAAGUCUCCCGAGGCCCCGGUGCUGGCUAAGCCUGUGGCUGCUCCUAAGCCGAAACCGUCGCCGCAAACCAAGGACUCGACGAAAGCCGAUAGCAGCUCGGGCGAGUCGGACUCAGAGUCUGGUCUGGGCCUGUCCAGUUCCGAAUCUGGAUCUGAAUCUGGUUCCGAAUCGGAGUCGUCAUCUGAGGAGUCGUCGAGCUCGGAGUCGGGUUCAGACUCUAGUUCGGAGUCGGACUCUGACUCAAGUUCUUCUGGCUCAUCUGGGUCUGAGUCUGAUUCUGGGUCUGAGUCUGGCUCUGAUGGUAGAGUGGCGUCAGACCUGGACGAGGAAAUACCUCUUACGCAGGCCCGUCGGCGAGACAUGAAGAGGAAAUCAGCUGAAAGAAAAGCUGCAAAAAGAGCUCUUAGGGAAUCCAAACCUCGUGUGAGAAAAAGGGCAGUGAAGGCUGCAACUGCUGCCAAACCCGCAGCGACUCCUGUGAAGACCCCAACUAAACCAGCAGUAACUACUGCCAAGCCAGCGGCUACUCCUGCUAAAACUCCUGCUAAGACUCCUGCUAAGACUCCUGCUAAAGCUGCUACCAAAGCUGCUACCAAAGCUCCCGCAACUCCUGCUGUUAAAGCUUCCGCAACUCCUGAUACCAAAGCUCCCGCAACUCCUGCUGUUAAAGUUCCCGCGACGCCUGCUGCUAAACCUUCGACGCUGGCGGUGCCGUCGCUCAAGAAACCUUUGGCUACGGUCACAUCGCCCGUGUCUGAAAUGGGCACUGCAGUUAAGAGUCCGAAAGCGGCGGCUAAGUUCAAGCCCAAAAUCGUCGCCCGCCCCGCAUCACAGUCAGCAACUCCAACGACAGCACGGGUGAAGGACCCUUCCAGUGGUACGUCGUCGCAACCAGCGUCAACUUCCAGCAGCGCCACCAAGGCCAAACGGGGGUUGCCGCUGUUGAAGCAACUCCCCAAGAUCGCCAAGCCCCAACUUGCGACGCUUUCGUCGAAAGUGGUUCCGUCAACGACGGUGGAGUCGAAGGCGGCGAAGCCUCAGCCAGCGAAGAAGUCGGUCAUCGAGAUCUCGAGUGAUGACAGCAGCAGCGACGACAGCGACUGA